CAGUCCCUACUAAGUUCAACAAGAUUACGGUUUUUCAAAAGUUACGGUUUUGGGGAGUUAGAGACGCAGGGACAGGGCCUGGGCAUCCUCCCUGCAAGCACCUGAGGCCCGGUGUUUGGACACGCGUUAGAGACCCGCGCGCACACACCCCACGGGGGGAUGGCUGGAUCGUGGCUGCAUCCCCAGGGCCGACCUAGGUCGCCUCCCUCAGUUGUCUCUCCCCCACCCCCGCGUGUUCCUGGAGCGCGCGUGUGCGCAGCGCGGGCCGGAUUGGCGCGCCCCCUCGCGCGUGUUGAAAUUCAAACGAGGCGAACUUCCCCCCGACGCGGUUUGGCACGGGCGGAGAGGUCGAGACAGGGGCGAGUUGGAGGGCGUCGGCGCUCCGGGCCAAGCUAGUCCAAGACUUGUUGAGGCUGCCGCCGGGGCGGGGUCGAACUCACCGCCAACGGGAGCCACGGAGGCUUUAAAGGGCUCGGGUCCCGCCCCUCGGCCUCUGGAUGGCUACCGAGCAGUGGUUCCUGGAGCCGCUUCCUCUGGGCGCGGGAGACACGCCGCCGCCCCCGGACGACUUGGAACCCGAGAGGGAGCCCUCCGGAGACCCCUCCUGGUUGACGUCGCCUGGCAGGCCUAGGGACCCUCCAGAGCUGGAGCCCGAGGGUGCCCAGGGGCAGCUGCAGGAGGUCCCCACCUCCACGCCUUCCCCUGAGCCUCUGGGCCCUGGGCCCGGGCCACCCCUUCCUCGACUUCCCUUGGACACCAUAUUCAGCCCCAUCACCGAGCAGCUCAGCUACCUGCUCAAGAAGGCGGAUGAUUUCCAAAGCUACUUGCUCUACAGCAGGGACAGGGUGCAGAAAGAACAGCUGGCCAGGGCUAUGCCCACCUUCUUGCAGAUGUGCGAGCCCUAUUUCCUAUACCUGGAAGCGGCUGCAAGGAGCGUGCCUCCCAUCUACGGAGUCCUGCAGGAGCUGGUCCGCAAGGGGCUGUUGGAGAUCUCGCAGCAGCUAACCCUGCGCCUAGAACAGCUGGUCCUCAUGUAUGCAUCUUUUGGGUUCGUGGACCUGGAGGAGACGGACCCCUUGAGUAUCUCCUGUUUUUUCUGCGGACGGUUCUCCAUCAGCCCCACCCAUGAGGUGUCCAUCUUCAGAUACUGCGCCCCGGCUGCCUACACCGCCAGUCGCUUCCCCCGAUACCUCUAUAAGAAGAUUCGCUGGAACCUGGAAAUGACCCCAGACCCCAGUGGCCAGGGGCAAGAUUCCCAUGUGGAUUACUACUUCCUGUGCUACCGCGAUACCUGGGAAGACACAGAUAAGAGUCCAGCCAAUUCGUGCCCCCAGAUCCAGAAGCUCUGGUCCAUCGGUCGCUGGGUGCCCCUAGGACCAGCUGAAGAUGACCCGUAUUCAUGGAUAUUGUGUCCGCAGCCUCCUGGGGACUACCAGCAGCUUCUGACCAUCGGCUUCGAGGAGCCGUCGCACAUGCUGGCCACCGACUUCCUGGUGCAGAUCCUCACCGGCCAGGCAGGCCCCGCUCGGCCACCGAGCACGGCCGGGCCCGCGGCAUGGGCUGCGCAGGGUUCCUGAAGCUGGGGAAGGCGGUGAGAGCUGCAGCCCAGCAGCUCCGAACUCCAGCAGAGGAGGCACGGAGGGGCUCACUCGUUCUCCUAAUGCAGCCCGGCCUCCCCUUCCAAGAGGUCAGGCCGAGCUGACCCGUCUGCACCCAGCCCGGCCCGGCUGCAGGGCCCUGAGUGCAGACAACCACCAAUUUUGCGUUAAAUAAAAGAAAGAGGUCACAGCC